AUGGGAAGUGCCAAUGUUGCAUCAACACUUGUCUACAUGGCAGAGAGGUGCACUUCCAUGCGAUACCUCAAGCUCAUCCAUGCUCACGCCUUCCGCACAUGCCUCCACCAACACACCGUCGUUCUCGGCAAGCUCUUCCGCUUUGCCGCCGUCUCUCCCUUCGGCGACUUAUCCUAUGCCCACAACAUGUUUGACCAAAUGCCCCAUCCAUCCACCUUCUUCUACAACACCCUCAUCCGUGCCCAUUCCCACUCCACUACCCCCUCCCUCUCCUCCCUAUUCUUCAACACCAUGAGGCAAAAUGACGUCGCUCCAGAUGAAUUCUCCUUCACCUUCUUGCUUAAGUCACGUUCUUUCACCAGCCCUUUUGUCCACGACACACACUGCGCCGUUUUCAAGUUUGGUUUUCGCCGCCACUUGCAUGUCCAGAACGCGUUGAUACACAUGUAUGCUGUUGGGGGACUGACCCUUUUGGCUCGUAGGGUUUUUGAGGAUGCCCUUAAACUGGGUUUGGAUGUUGAUAUUGUGUCUUGGUCCGGGUUGCUUGUUGCGCACUUAAGAGCCGGUGAGUUGGAUGUUGCACGAAAGGUAUUUGAUCAAAUGCCUGACAGAGAUGUUGUUUCGUGGACCAUCAUGUUGUCUGGUUAUUCGCAGGCCAAGCGGCCCCGCGAGACCUUGGCAUUGUUCCAGGAGAUGAGGCUUGUUGGGGUGUGGCCGGAUGAGGUUACCAUGGUGAGCGUGAUUUCAGCUUGUGCGGAGUUAGGUGACGUGGAAAUGGGUAGGAUGGUGCACCGGUUUGUUGAGGAGAAUGGGUUUGGGUGGAUGGUCGCACUCUGCAAUGCUCUCAUUGAUAUGUAUGGAAAGUGUGGAUGCUUGGAGGAGGCAUGGCAUAUGUUUGAUAGGAUGAAGAGGAAGAGCUUGAUCACAUGGAAUGCGAUGAUGAUGGUGUGUGCGAAUCACGGAUAUGCUGAUGAUGCAUUUAGGUUAUUUGGACGGAUGAUUGGUUCUGGGGUUGUGCCUGACGGGGUGACAAUUCUGUCUCUUCUUGUAGCAUAUGCUCAUAAGGGGUUGAUUGAUGACGGAAUUAGACUGUUUGGGAGCAUGCAGAGGGAAUAUGAUGUGCAACCUAGAAUCGAGCAUUAUGGUGCGGUGGUGGAUAUGUUAGGACGUUCAGGGAGAUUACAGGAGGCAUACGAUCUGCUUACAAGCAUGCCAAUUCCAAGCAAUGAUGUUAUUUGGGGAGCUUUACUUGGAGCCUGCAGGAUUCACGGUGAUGUUGGCAUGGGAGAAAGGGUUAUAAAGAAGUUGUUGGAGUUGAAACCAGAUGAAGGGGGAUACUAUAUUCUCCUCCGUGAUCUCUAUGUUGCUGCAGGCCGGAAUGUAGAAGCCAAUGAGAUGAGGCAAGCCAUGCUAGCUAGUGGAGCAAGGAAAAAUCCUGGCUGUAGUUGGGUGGAAGCAUGA